AGAGCGGCGGCGGCGGGGCGAGCUCCGAGCCCGCUCCGCCGGGCCAUGGCGAGCGGCGACGUCGCGCCCGCGGGCUCGGGCUCCGGCUCGGGCUCGGGCACGGUGCUGCCCAGCCGCCUCCAGGAGACCGAGAAGCUGCUGGCGGCCACCGAGGGCCGGGAGGGCCUCCGGGGCUCCAAGUCCUUCACGGCCGCGUUGGCCGGCGAGGCGGAGCGCAACGGGCACGGGCUCUCCUACAAGUCGGUGUCGGUCGGGCACCUGGAGGCGGCCCCGCUGUCGCCGUCCCGGCUCAGCCUGGGCAGAGCCUCCUCCACCGCCACCAGCACGGCGGCUCCCGACCAGGGCCGCCCGCGGGACUACCUGGUGCUCGCCAUCUUCUCCUGCUUCUGCCCCGUUUGGCCCAUCAACGUGGUGGCCCUCGUCUUCUCCAUCAUGUCACGGAACAGCGGGCAGCAGGGGGAUAUGGAUGGAGCCCGGCGCCUGGGCCGCAUGGCCCGCCUGCUCAGCAUCGUCUCCAUCGUGCUGGGGACCAUCAUCAUCGUGCUCUACGUCUCGCUCAGCGUCCGAGUUUCCUAGAAGACGUAGCAUGCAAAUACCUCGAAGAGGAGGAAGACAGCGCUCCUUUUGGGGUUUUUUUACUUUCAGCCUUGCAACAAAAACUUGUGACAGCGGAGCCCGUCUGGAGGAAUGUGCGUGGCUGCUCCACUGCCUUUUGGGGACGAGCGGGGAUGGGCACACGGCGAGGGGAUGAGGGACAAGAACUGGAUAUGAGCAGAGAGGAGAAGGGGAAAUCCACUACCUCAUUCCCCUCCAACGGGGCGGGGAGACCACGCUGGGGGAUGGACAGGAGGAGGAGGAGGAGGGAGAUUCCAGACCGAAGCUCCUUUGAAGGAAAACCUAAGGACGGACCGCGGCAUUUUGAGGAAUCCUCCUAAGAAUUUUGGCACUGUCGUUUUGGGGGUUUGUUGGUUUUUAAAUCAUCGAAUUCUCUGUCUCUGCAAAAACAAAGAAACAAAGAAACAAAACAAAAAACACCCAAAAGCUCAAACUGCCACCGGAAGCGGAGCGGUGUUCCAUGCAUGAGGAGGGUGAGCUGCAGAGCGCGGCAGUGCUCGGAGACACGGUGGGUGCUUUUGUAUUUUUGAUGAAAAAAAAAAGAAAAAGACAAAAAAGAGACAAUGACCAUUUGCAUGCCUUUGGGAAUGUUCUCCAUGUCUGCUCAUCCAUCCACGCCCCUCCAUCGCUCGCGGAUGUCAGGGCUGGCGGAGCAGGGCGCUGCUGCAUGGGAGCGCGGCGCUAACGGAAGGGAUCACGCUUUCUCUGUGCAACCACACAUUUCCUUCUCCAUGCACCCAAAGUGAGGUUAAUGCCACCGAUGCUGAGCACAGGUCCUGGUUAACCCGCAGCGGCAGCACUGAGGAGCAGAGCCCUCCUUCCUGCUGGGUCGUGUUCAUCACACAGGAGCGGCAGCAAAAUCCGGCCCUAUGGCUGUGCUCAUCAACCCUCACCCCUUUGGGCUCCAACUGAGGGCUCCGGGGGACCUUCAGAGGGAUGGAGGAGUUCAGAGUCGUGCUCUUCUCAUUACCCCUCUUCUGCACCACUGGAGCGUGCUGGGCUCGGGUCCACGAGUAUUAUUAUUUUUUAACGUUUUGUAUUUAACAACAUGUAAAGAAUGCUGACUUUUUUCUCCCCGUGAUCUUCACAAGCCCCGCUGCUCCCAGCCAAGUCUUCCACGCCAUACAGCCCCAUCCAACAUCCCUGUUCCCACUGUGGGCUGAUGCUGGUGUUGGCAUUUCAUUUGGCCAUGUGGACUGCACAAGGUUCCCGUUGCUGUACGUUUGCAGAUGGCUCCUAGCUGUGCCCAUUGGCUUUGUGUUGGCCAAGCCUUCCUUUUAGCAAAACUUCACAGGCAUAGUUUGAAAUUACAGACGUGGGAGCUGCACCCACAGUCUGCCCUGGGAUGUGGGGUGUUUUUGGGGCAUGCUACCUGGAAGACCCCCAAACCAAAUCCAACACAUCCAAGGGCUUUGUCUAUGUGGGAGCUGCUGUACAUCGUGGUGCACCGGGAGGAGCCCCCGAGCACCUCUGUGCUUGCGUCCUUCCUAAACUGGUGGGCAUGGGGCACGUGGGGAGGCAGCAGGGAGAGCUGCUGUACCAUAAAUCCCCGUACCAUAGGGAUGUAGAUGGGACCGUUCUCUUGUCAUUUGUUUAGUUGCUCCUUGUCACAGGGUUUCCUUUGGGUAGAGGUAAUCUUAACACAGGGGAGCCAAAUCCCUGCACCCACUGUUAUGUUUUUCUUUACAUUCAAAGGGGCUGCAGGGACUCAGAGCAAUAGUAUGGUACUACAGCACUUUCCUGGGCUGCCUCCCCACCCGCCCCUUUGCCUGCGCUUUAUUGCAAACUGUGAGCUUCUGAAAACGGACCAAAUUCUCCUCCUACCUUUUGCAACUCAUUUCUUGCACGCUCAGGGCUGGAGAAGCUCUGUGCUCGGCUGUGUGCAGAGCCCAUUGUCACCUGAUCCCCUGUUCCCCUUGGAGGAGGGAUCCCCGAGGAUGAGAUGGGUCAGCGCAUGGGGGAAACUGCAGCCCUUGAGAGCACCAAAUGGAGGAUGGAAUGCUGCCCUGGCAUUACACAAAGCCUUCCAGCUCACGGCCCGAAGUGCUUCGCCAUGGCUGCAGCCCCGCGGUGAGGGCUGCGCUAUUCUCAUCGCACAGAUGGCAAAGUUGCUCCAAGUCACGUGUGCCCGCAGCUCAGAAAAGAAAACAGUUCUUCUUUCUCCUCCUCACCAUAAAUAGGAGGGAAUGCAUCCUUCCUUUGAAUCUGAUGCUUCCAGAGGGCUCUGUGCAAGCCGGGACCACCUCGAGGAUGCACAGAGCAGUGCUGGAGGGGCAGCGGAGGCACCAGACCCCAUCUGAGCACAGGAGAGAGCAACAACUUUCCAAAAAAAGACCCAUAAAACACAAAGACCCCUCAACUCCUUCCCUUUUUCCAUCCCUUUCUGGCUAGAUGCAAUUGCACCACCCUGCACUCUUCAGUACAUCUCUGUGGUCCUCAUCCCACACUUAGACACAGUCGAACGUCUCUACAGCCACACAAAACGUUUUCCUUCCUUGCAACCCAACUCCUGUGCGGUGCCAGAAGGCUCCCAGGACCAACCGGAGCCUUUUCCCACUCUCCAUUGAGCUCCCUGUGUGGUCUGCAGCCCCAUCCUGCAUGCAGCUUUUGCUGUGGGACUCUCUAGGAGCCGCUCUCUGCAGCACUGUGGUUUCAGCCAGGAUCUUUGUGGGAUGCAGCGGCCGUGGGGCAGAAGGGAUGCACAGCACUCAGUGUCCAACUGCUGACUGCUGGUGGAGGGGACCAGGAGGGUUUUAGCACUAAGGGAGGAAAAUGACAGAAGAGCUUUCCCAGUUUGCUGUAUUGGUGGCGAUUUCCCUUUUCCUAAUCAUUGCCCUCCUUUCCAGUUGCUGCCAAUUAAACGCCAACCCCAUUCCUGUUCAGUCCGAGCCCAGGAUGGGGCUGAGCCGCCCCUAUGGGCUGCUCCCAUCACCUCAUCCCCAGCGCCCCCAGCCCCAUCGCAGCACUUGGCCGCUCACUGCUGCCCAACAUGAACUGAUUGCAGAUUGAAGGACCAUUGUUUUCUUUCUAUGUGCACUCUUUCAUUUCAGCAAAGGCAAAAUCUCCCACGCUUGGGGACAAGCCAAGGGGUUCGGGGAGGGGGGAAGCAGCCUUUUCAAAGCAGGGGGUGUCCCAGGGCACAGCCCCAGUCCUCGGAGCCCAGCUGGGGGGGCGCUCAGUGAUGCCGUGGACACUCUGGGAAUUGCCUUGCUGGUCGAUGUUUCUUUUUCUGCGGGAUGAUAUGAUGUACCUUAUAUACUUCCUUUGUAUUUCUUGGCAUGAGAAAAGAAUUAAAAUGUAACAUGCAUGGUCAAA